UCUCAUUUACGAAACACUUACCCCUUUCUCUCUCUCUUCUCUCCUCUCUCCUCUCCUCUAGCGCUUAGCUAUUUUCUCAAUAAACAAGGCAAACACAAAGUAUUCCUGAUUGUCUAAUGCCGAGGAAAGGAAUGAGGAGCAUUUGCUUUAACCCCAAAACGCCGUCGCUUUCAAUAUCUCGGUACGGCACUACUACGACAGCUUCGUCGUCUCCGUCGUCGCAAAGGACUACUCCGGCAUCGACUCCCACUCGGCGGCAGAGCUUAUUCCCCGACUCCAUGAUGGACCAGAUAGUCGAAUCUGCUGCAGUGUUGAUCUUGAAAUGGGAUCCAGAGUCGUCUAGCUACGCUAAAGUGACUUCUCUCUUUUACGAGAGCAAAGUUGAAGCUCAGCAGUUCAUCCACUGUGUUAACGAUCUCCAGAAAGCCAUGCAUUUCUUGGUCACCGAAGAUUCUUCAUCGGAGAAACUCAUUCUCUGUCAGAGUCUUAUGCAGGUUGCCAUGAAGAGACUCCAAAAAGAGUUUUACCAGAUUCUCUCCAUGAAUCGUGCUUACUUGGAUCCUGAGUCAGUUUCUACUCGUUCCUCACGCGCUUCCGCCAGAUCAAGCACCUCCGAUUACGACGAAGACGGUGGCGCCACUACUGAUGAUGAAAUUCGUGUCGCAAGCGAUUCCAUCUCCGACGUCGAACAGGUCUCUUCUGUUGCCAUGGACGAGUUGAAAUCCAUCGCCGAAUGCAUGAUCUCUGCGGGUUAUGCUAAAGAGUGCAUAAGCAUAUACAAAAUAAUAAGAAAAUCGAUCAUCGAUGAAGGCAUAUAUCGAAUGGGAGUAGAGAAAUUAAGCUCGUCUCAGAUCAAUAAGACGGAUUGGGAAGUACUUGAACUGAGGAUCAAGAAUUGGUUAGAAGCAGUGAAAGUCUCGAUGAGAACACUCUUCAAUGGUGAGAGGAUUCUCUGCGAUCACGUUUUCGCGGCCUCCGAUUCGAUUAGAGAGUCAUGCUUUUUGGACAUUUCCAAAGAAGGAGCUCUUCUUCUGUUUGGAUUUCCAGAACUCGUGGCAAAGAGCAAGAGAACGCCCGAGAAAAUGUUCCGCAUACUAGACAUGUACAAUUCGAUCUUCGAGAACUGGCCCGAAAUCGAGGCUAUAUUUUCGUUCGAAUCAACCGCCGUCGUACGUACACAAGCUUUCAACUCACUCGUCAAGCUAGCCGAGUUCGUCCGAGCAGUUCUCUCCGACUUCGAAGCUUCCAUCCAAAAGGACUCAUCGAAGUCGGCUCCGGCGCAAGGCGCCAGCGUCCACCGCCUGACCAUUUACGUCAUGAACUACCUCUCACUCCUUGCCGACUAUAGCAACGUCCUGAUCGACAUCUUUCGCGACUGGCCACCGCCGAUGAAUUUCUCCUUACCGGAAUCAUUCUUCGACAGCUCUGAUUCCGAAGAUUCUCAAGUACCAGCGAUGUCUCUCCGAGUAGCCUGGCUCAUCCUCGUCCUCCUCUGCAAACUCGAUGGAAAAGCGAAGCAAUACGACGAUGUUUCGCUCUCGUACCUAUUUCUAGCUAAUAAUCUCCAACACAUCAUCACCAAAGUCCGUACAUCGAAUCUCCAGUACCUCUUGGGAGACGAAUGGACCGCAAAGCACGAAACAAAAGUCAAACAAUUCGCAGCGAGCUACGAACGGCUAGGAUGGGGCCACGUAAUCGCGGCAAUACCGGAGAUCAGUAAUCCGACGGCCGUGAUGACACCGGAGGAAGCGAAGACGGUGUUCCGAAACUUCAACGCGAGCUUUGAAGAAGCUUAUCGGAAGCAAAGAGCGAGUGUGGUACCGAACCAGAAACUUCGAGACGAGAUCAAGGUUUCGCUGGCGAGAAAGGUCGUUUCGAAUUACAGAGAGUUCUACGAAACGCACCGUCUUAGAGUGGGGAAUGGGGAAAGAGAAAUAAAGAGUUAUGUCAAAUAUACCCCCGAAGAUGUGGGGAAUUACAUAUCGGACCUGUUCUUUGGGAUGACGGAAUCAGAGAGCUCCUCCGCUUCUUCUUCUCCGUCUUCUUCGCCACGGUGGCGGCAUUGGCGAAUUCGGUGAGAGUUCAAAGAAAACGGUGCGUUUCGUUUUGAGAAAAUGGCGGUUUUCUUUUUAAUAUAAUCGCCAGCUUUUUUGGCCUAUAUUUUUUAUAUUGUAUGUAUAUUUCUCUAAAUUUUUAUGUAAAAUAAAUAUCUAUAUGCCACGGUUCAAAUAAAACGGCAGUUAUGUUAAUUUUUUUUUGAGUAUGAUGACAGUACUUUUUUGUAUGCAAAAUUGUAUAAUUAUAAUACAGAAAGAUAAGGUAUCAACUAUCAAGUUCUUUA